UGGGCUAUUUGAGUUGCGCAUGCGCCAACACUACAUCCGGCGUGGUCCUCGGGUCCGUUAGGAGUUUGGGGUACGCCAGCCGGAAUAUCAAGUGUGUAGUCAUGUCGGCGUCGGUGUUGUCGGUCAUCUCGCGGUUCUUAGAAGAGUACUUGAGCUCCACUCCUCAGCGUCUGAAGUUGUUGGACGCGUACCUCCUGUAUAUACUUCUGACCGGGGCGCUGCAAUUCGGUUAUUGUCUCCUCGUGGGGACUUUUCCCUUCAACUCUUUCCUCUCGGGCUUCAUCUCUUGUGUGGGGAGCUUCAUCCUAGCGGUUUGUCUCAGGAUACAGAUCAACCCACAGAACAAAGCGGAUUUCCAGGGCAUCUCCCCGGAGCGAGCCUUUGCUGAUUUUCUCUUUGCCAGCACCAUCCUGCACCUUGUUGUCAUGAACUUCGUUGGCUGAAUCAUUCCCAUCCACUUAGUUGAGGAGUAGGAGACUAGAAGAAUGUUCACUUUUUGAUUUCCCCUGGAUAAGAGCUCUUGAGAUGGCAGUUUGUUGGACACACGGAUUUUCUUCAGAUUUAUACUUACUACCGACUCUGAUUUGGGAUGCAGUUGGAGAGCCCAGAGAAGUUCCCUAGCUUCCGUGUCAGAACAACUUUGUAAUGAGCAUUUAUUAGCACAGCUCUGCCUUCCAUGAAGUGUAACCUUUUUGCCUUCCGAAUUAAAAAGCUCCAUGCUACUCCUU